AUGGGUUGGUGGUUCGCUUCGUCGUCAUCUUCUUCAAAGAAGAAAAGGUCAAAAAAGUCGACUUCAAAGACAAAGACCACAAACCCCUCAAUACACAAACCCUCGAUAACGGACCCUCCAAACCUUUAUCGUCCAGCUCUUCCUGCUCCUGUUUCAGGCAAUCAGUCCGGUGCUCGUCCUACCCUUCCGUCGGCGCCAAGACCAAAACCAUCGCAACAGUAUCCUGUUCAACCACCUACGACUCUAUACAGCAACCAACAUGCAGCACAAUCUCAGCCGCAUUUUCAGCCAGCGGGUUACCUCGAUGCGCCGCCAAGUUGGAACGGUUACCAGCAGCCAGUCGUGGUAAACCACCACUACCACAUCUCGCAUCAGCCGUCGCAAAACCUCGCGCCUGUUAAUCCUCCUCAGUACCAUACCAUCAACCAUCAAUCUCAAGCUCUGGUGCCGCCGAGUCAUAAUCUCUCGUCAAUGCAUUCGCAGCCAAACUUCUCUUCAUCAUUGAACCGCUUCACAGGGUCAAUGGCCAACAUGGCCAAAGAAGCGGCGCCACAACUCUACGACGAUGGAUUGUCUGCUUGGCACGGCUGCACCCAGAUUGUACAGUCGACAAAUGCCAUGUAUGAUCGGUUCAAUGAUAUCAUGACGCUGAUUGAUCAUGAGAAGCUCUGCGGUAAUGAGAGCAAGCUCUUCAACUGCGCUCCGGUUCAGGAUCAGCAUGUCAAUGACAAGGGUGUUAGCAAGAAGAAGCACAAGGAUAAGCAGUCUUGCAAUGUUGCUGCAUCAGUAGUUUCGGGCAAUUACUUUUCUAAAGUUGAGCAAUAUGCAAACUCUAAACUCCCUAUGGAUCUACACACGCUCGCUCUGCAUAUGCCUACAUGGCCUCUCCUUUGUCUUGCUGCCCAGUACUCCCAACGUGUCUACGAAAAGCCCUCCGGCUCCGAACGUGACGCCCACGUCUCAUCCGACUGGCUCGCAGGUCCUAGGCAAACCUGCAUCAAAUCUGUGUCGGUAGACAAUCGCGGCACCAUCGUCUUUGCUAUCCGGGGCACAGCGAGCUUCAUGGACUGGGCCGUCAAUUUCAAGUCUGUACCCAUCAGCCCUGUCAAGUUCCUCGAUGAUCCGGGUAACUUGUGCCAUGCGGGUUUCCUGAAUGUGGCCAAGAAGAUGGUCAAGCCUGUCGCUGCGCGGCUGAGACAGCUUCUACAGGAAGAUCCGUCGAGAUCUUCGUAUAGUCUCCUGAUUACAGGGCACUCUGCUGGUGGUGCCAUUGCUUCACUGCUGUACUCGCACAUGGUCGCCCAAACGAGUGAGGCGAAAUCCGAACUCAACGUUCUUACAGAGCACUUUAAAAGAGUCCACUGCAUAACCUUCGGUGCACCACCAGUAUCUCUCCUCCCGCUCUCCAAACCCGACGCGCCGUCUCUUAGAAAGAGCGUCUUCCUCAGCUUUGUAAACGAGGGUGACCCUGUCGUCCGCGCCGACAAAGCCUACGUUAAAAGCCUUCUCGACUUGCUUUCCUCGCCGCCACCCUCGUCCUCCUCACACCACAAGGACACCAAAUCCAAGCAGCGCUCGCGCUCUUCUUCGCGCACGAAGAAACCAAGGUGGAAAGUUCCCGCCUGCACGCUCAGCAACGCCGGCCGGAUCGUCGUGCUGCGCUCGGGAAAUCCCCAUGCCAAACCCAAGGACCGCAAGACCGUCAAAGAGCGACUCGAAGAGGGCGUUGUUGCGGUAACUUGCAGCGAAGAAGACUUGAGGGAAGUCAUCUGGGGAGAUCCCGUUUGUCACUUAAUGAAUUUAUACGCUGAGAGGAUCCAGGUGCUUGCCAUUCGGUCUGUGACCGCAAAGCACUGA